CUCAGCCUGUGCUCUGCUCCUCCAGCUCCUCUCUCCUCUCAGGAUCAUGAAGUUCUUUGUGGUUGCACUCUCCAUCCUCAUGGUCAUGGCCUUCAAUUUUCCCAAACCCUCGGCAACAACGAGUUCCACUGAUCCUGGUACCUGUUGCUUCAACUAUAUCCAAAGCAAGAUUCCCAGAACACUUGUGAUUGACUUUUAUAAAACCAACAGCCAGUGUUUCAAGCCAGGUGUGGUGUUUGUGACCAAAAGGAAUAGAAGUAUAUGUUCUGACCCCCAAGAUGCCUGGGUUCAGAAUUAUGUGAAUGACCUGAAUUUAAAGGCCUCAGGAGUCCAGAACAAUGAAUCGUAAAAGGAUAUGGACAAAGCUAAGGAAUUCCAGAUUCAGAUGAAAUCACCACAGAGCCCAGCCUUCCUGGGUUGUUUUAAUAAGUUAAAUUUAAUUUAUGUAAAUUAUUGGUUGUCACUUUUGGUAUUUAUUGGUACUAGUUAUACUUGGAAAGACACCCAUCCCUCAUGGGAGUUAGACCCUAACCUUCAGUUCCUUUGAGUCCUGGGGCCAUCUGCUGGGUUCCACAAAUAUGUGUUGGACAAAGAAUUCAGAAUAAACCUUU